GCGGCGGGCCGGGUUACAAUGUAGCGAGGGCGGCGGCGGUCAGGUGGGAUGCUAUGGAAUAUGAUGAGAAGUUGGCCCGGUUCCGGCAGGCCCACCUCAACCCCUUCAACAAACAGCCUGGGCCGAGGCAGCAUGAGCAGGAGCCUGGUGAGGAGGCCCUGGACAUUGCUCCUAAAGCCUUCCCCACAGAUGCUCUGCCUGAGCUGUCUGCUGGGGAGCCUGAGUUCUGCUGCACGGAGCGUGUGAUGGAUCUUGGACUGUCCGAGGACCACUUCUCUCGCCCUGUGGGUCUGUUCCUGGCCUCUGACAUCCCACAGCUGCAGCAGGCAAUCGAGGAGUGCAAGCGAGUCAUUCUGGAACUGCCCGAGCAGUCGGAAAAGCAGAAAGAUGCUGUGGUGAGGCUCAUCCAUCUCCGACUGAAGCUGCAGGAGCUUAAGGACCCCAAUGAGGAUGAGCCCCACCUCCGUGUCCUCCUGGAUCACCGCUUCUAUAAGGAGAAGAGCAAGAGUGUCAAGCAGACCUGUGACAAGUGUAACACUCUCAUUUGGGGGCUCAUCCAGACCUGGUACACCUGCACAGGGUGUGGUUACCGCUGUCACAGCAAGUGCUUGAGCCUCAUCUCCAAGCCCUGUGUGAGCUCCAGAGUCAGCCACCAAGCCGAGUAUGAGCUGAACAUCUGUCCGGAGACAGGGCUGGAUAGCCAGGAUUACCGCUGUGCAGAUUGCCGGGCACCCAUCUCUCUGCGUGGUGUGCCCAGUGAGGCGAGGCAGUGUGACUACACUGGCCAGUACUACUGCAGCCACUGCCACUGGAACGACCUGGCUGUCAUCCCUGCACGAGUUGUGCAUAACUGGGACUUUGAGCCUCGCAAGGUGUCACGCUGCAGCAUGCGCUACCUGGCACUGAUGGUGUCUCGACCAGUGCUCAAGCUGCGGGAGAUCAACCCUCUGCUUUUCAACUAUGUGGAGGAGCUAGUAGAGAUCCGGAAACUGCGCCAGGACAUCCUGCUCAUGAAGCCAUACUUCAUCACUUGCAAGGAGGCCAUGGAGGCACGUCUGCUGCUGCAGCUCCAGGACCGACAGCACUUUGUGGAGAACGAUGAGAUGUACUCAGUCCAGGACCUCCUGGAUGUGCGCUUGGGCCGGCUGGGCUGUUCCCUCACAGAGAUCCACACGCUGUUUGCCAAGCAUAUCAAGCUGGACUGUGAGCGGUGCCAGGCCAAAGGCUUCGUGUGUGAACUCUGCAGGGAGGGCGAUGUGCUCUUUCCAUUUGACAGCCACACAUCUGUGUGCACUGACUGCUCAGCUGUCUUCCACAGGGACUGCUACUAUGACAACUCCACCACCUGCCCCAAGUGCACCCGGCUCAGCCUUCGGAAGCAGUCACUCUUCCAGGAGCCUGGCCCAGGUGUGGACGCCUAAGGCUGAGGGAGGACCCCAGUGCUCCACCUGGAUGGCCUGCACCAACUCCACUGGCAUUGCCAGAGUUGUUUGUCCUGCUCUAGAGACCCCUGGGGUGCAGCCCCUGGACCUCUCCACCCCUGUGGGUCUAGGGGUAGUGAGCAGGAAUAUCAUCCCCCAGGUGUUUUGUGGGACUUGGGGUGGCCACACCUGGCUGUUACCUGGGGUGCUGCCAUGAUGGGUCCUCUUUCCCCACUGCAGGACUCUGUGGAGGAAGGGAGGACUAAUUACCUUCCCCAUGGCACAGAGCCCUCAACUCCCCUAGGCCAAGUUUUUUUGGCUCUGGAAAUGCCAUGGACCCUGUCCUAGUCACCCUGGAAACCUGUCAUGUCUCCAGAGAGCUUUAGAGCAGAGGUCCCCAGGAUCUAACGACUCCUUAUGUAUCUCAGCCCUGCCUGCAGAGGAUGGUUUGUGUUCUGGCCUCUAGCCAGUCAUCUCUGGGGGAGCCUUUUUGGUGGACCUGCCCCUGUCCUGCCCUCCUAAAGUUCUUCUGAGUCCUCCCUCUGCAGUCAGUCUAGCCGGGUUAACUUUUUUCUGUACAGCAGGGAGGGAAGGGGACCAUGGCCCAGCCCACCUUAUUCUGGUUCUUCGAACUGGAAUUCUGGGGGCCCAGCCUGGGGAGGAUGUUUCAGCCUCCAGGACUGGAGCAGGGACAGCACUCCAGGGUAGGUCCAUGGUAGGAAACAGGGUAGGUUAUAAUUGGCCUGUGUGGCAUUUCUUGGGACCAAAUUUGCCUCUGAGGAGUGCCAACCUGCUGCUUCUGGAGGGCUCUGGUUGGCUUGGAGAUGACCAGCUAGUGACCUCUGGUUUGUGGUCCUGAGGUCAAGAACUGUGAGUAUUUGCUUGAGGGAGCCCGGGCAUGAGCCUUAGAGCCCAUCUAGAAAGAUUAGGGAGUGGGUGUGGGAGGCUCCUCAUCCAUGUGACAAAGGACCCCUGACAACAGACAAGCCUUAUAGCACUUCACAGUGGAGGGGCAUAUUGGACCUCUGUGUUUGCACUUUAUAGAUCCUGCAGUUGAGAGGGGCUGUAGGAGAAGAUGUUUCAGGACACAGCUUCCUGAUCUUCCACCCCUAGGAAGCAAGGGCUGCUUGCUCCUGCUUUCUUCCUCCUCUCCGCAGACUGUGGUGCAUAUGGUUGGAACAUGUGGACAGAGGGUGGGUACAGUACCUGCUGGGAUAACUGGGAAGCCCAAGAGGAGAUGCCUCAGCCAGGAGAAAGGGCAGCCUGGCCCACUGGCCCACUGAGGGGUGGACAAACAGUACUGCCUCGUCUUUGCCCCUCCCUCUGUGCCAUCAGGAAAGGGAUGGUGAUGUUUUCCUCCACAUGUGGCUGUAGGCACAGCUCUGUCUGUCCUGUGUUGGCUUCCCUGUAUGAGAGGUAGGGGUACUGUUGUGGACCUGCCUCAGGGUGGGAUGGGGAGAAGUGCGCUGAACCUUGUAAAGAGGGAGCUGUGAAUUCACGUCAACGGCAGAUCCCUCUCCUGCUUUCUCUUCUUUGGGUAAAGGCCAAGUGCCCUUUUCCUACAUCCUUAAAUCUGCACAUUUGUCACAACUGCAUCACAUGUCUGUCAUAAAUAGUGGCUAUUCCUGAAUCUCUUGUGUGAUCAGCAUAACACUCCAGUUACAUGUCACUGCGUCCAUAGAGCAUGCAGAGACAAAUGUUGGACAAAGGCUUGCACCCUUUUUAACCUCCCCAACACCUCUUCCUCACCUGCCCCUCUGGACGAUAAAGUCUUUAAACAGAAUCAUGUAUGGGUGUUUCUAUAAGUCCACAGCACAGCAGAGAGAACCAGCAAGGGACUGGUUGGCACAGCCAGUUCUUACAGAAGAGCACAUGGAAGGGUGGUGUUUUGCCUGGGACCAGCCUGGCCUGAGGGAUGCCCAGUAGUAACAAUGCUGCUAUCACUGUUUCAUUAAAUUUGUGUCCUCUAGACUCUGGUGUGUGUGGUAAAUUGGAGACAAAGCUGAAAGUUUUUUUUUUUCCU